UCCGUUAAGACAACAAUGAUCACACAGCAGGACCGGACUUCCAGUCCGCCACUUAAGAAUCCACCCCAUGUUUUUCACCAUAUGUUUAGAGCUUGCCUGAAGAAGUCGUGAUUUUACAGUGUGAUGCUCCAUAAUCCAGCAGUCAUCCUGUACGCAAAAGACCAUAAUUACCAUGCACCAAUACCAGGGAUUGAUGGUACAUUUACCUCUAUGACCUUUGACUGGCUGUGAAUGACAAAUCAAAGGUCAGCACUUCUCAAAUCAGCUGGGGUUCCGCAUCUGAAGACUUCAAAUAAGAGGAGAAUGAAAGAAACUGCUCAGAGAGUUGGUCGACAGCAGCGCAGACUUCAGUAACGGGGAGACAACCGGCAGCACACACGGUGGGAGCUCAUCAGUCAAAGUGAAUCUUGCAGGCAGACAGGAGGACUACAGCACCAUGGACAGCUCAGGUGCUUCAUCUCCAGAUAUGGAGGCCAGCUAUGGAGGUGGGCUGCUGGAUAUGGUGAAGGGAGGGGCAGGAAGGCUGUUCAGCAACCUCAAGGACAACCUCAAAGACACCCUGAAGGACACCUCUUCCAAGGUGAUGCAUUCUGUAGCAAAUUAUACAAAAGGGGAACUUGACAUUUCCUACAUUACUUCACGCAUUAUAGUGAUGUCUUACCCGGCUGAAACUGUGGAGAUUGGAUACAGGAAUCACAUUGAAGAUGUCCGGUCAUUCUUAGACUCCAGGCACAUGGAUCACUACACAGUCUUCAACCUGUCUCAGAAGGUCUACCGCAUUGCCAAGUUUCAUAACAGGGUGUCCGACUGCAACUGGCCAGCACGGCAAGCCCCCAGUCUACACAACCUGUUCGCUGUGUGUAAAAACAUGCACAACUGGCUCAAGCAAAACCCCAAGAACGUCUGUGUCAUUCAUUGCAUGUCUAAGGAUGGCCGAGCAGCCUCAGGUGUUCUGGUCUGUGCAAUGUUCUGCUUCUGUCAUCUCUUCAACCAUCCAGUUCCUGCCAUUCAGUUACUCAACUCCAAGAGGCCUGGCUCAGGCUUAUGGCCAUCACACAAAAGGUACAUAGGCUACAUAUGCAGCAUGGUGUCGGAGAAGCCCACACUGCCACAUUCCAAGCCCCUCGUUAUAAAAUCAGUCACUUUGAGUCCUGUCCCUUGCUUCAAUAAACAGCACACUGGCUGUCGACCUUUCUGUGACAUUCUUAUUGGGGAAACUAAGAUCUUCUCAACAGCACAAGACUACGAAAGGAUGAGAGAGUACCGAGUCCAGGAGGGGAAGGUUGUGAUUCCAGCAGGUAUCAGUGCUCAGGGGGAUGUGGUCGUCUCAGUCUUUCACAUGAGAUCAACAAUUGGAGGAAGGCUUCAGGCAAAGGUGACAAAUACACAGAUAUUUCAGAUACAGUUCCAUACUGGCUUCAUUGCUCCAGGCACUACAGUGUUAAAGUUUACAAAGGCUGAGUUGGACGCCUGUGAUUCCCCAGAGAAAUACCCACAACUCUUCCAUGUGGUGCUGGACAUUGAGGUGGAGAGUGCCGACAAGCAGAAGGAUCUCACUCCACCAUGGGAGCAGUACCCCACAAAAGACCUGAGUCCCAACAUCCUCUUUUCCUGUCAUCAGGAACAUCAGGAUGCCUUAGCAGUUGUAGACAAAAUGGAUAUGGAGGCUUUUGAAGAUCCCAGCAGGGCCCAGUCUGGGGCAGAGGACCGCACCGCUCUGGCGAAGGAGGACAGCGAGCCUUCUGAUGACGAGCUGCUGUCCCUCUCCAGUCAGCAGAGCAAUGCCAGCAACGAGAAACCCGGGGCGCAGAGGCAGCAGAGCACGCCCAGGAGCAGCAAAAAACAGGAGGCCCAGCUCCCGGCACCAGCACCUCCUGCUGAGGAUGUGGACCUCCUGGGUCUGGACGGGAGUCCCGGAGACCAGGUCUUCUCCGCGGCUCCUGCCACAAACACCGACCUGCUGAGCGACCUGUUCGGAGACGCCCCCCCCCAGGGCAGACAACCUGACAGCAGGCCUGCUUCCGCCCCAUCCACCCCCCGCAAACCAGCGGUGUCUCCGUCUCCAUCUCCAUCCCCUCGCCCGAAAGAAGGUUUUGAUCCAUUUGGAUCCAGUCCUAAACCUCAGGGCCAGGAGUUUUUGGGAUCAUUCUUAGCUACAGGUAAUACAGGGCAGACUGACCCUUUUCUGCAUGUGACUCGGUCCCAAUCCCCUACUUCACAGAGCACAGGCAGUGACCCCUUUCACAUGGGAAGAACCUCUCCAGUCCCUCCCACUACCCCUACAGUCAACAUACAGCAGCAGAACCUGAUGGGAGGAUGGGAGUGGAACAAGCCUUCUGCAUCAGGCUUUGGGAUGGGAAGUAAGUCAGCGAGCACAAGUCCUACUGGCUCUGUCCACAGUACUCCCACACAUCAGCCAAAACCUAACACUUUGGACCCCUUUGCUGACCUUGGGAAUCUUGGAGCUAAUUUAGGAGGUGGCUCCGGGUUUUCCAGCAAGCCCACAACACCAACUGGCAGUGGGGGCAUCUUUCCUCCAAUGGGCUCUCCCCAGAAACCCUCCCCCCAGCACACUGCGACAGGUUCCUGGCAGCAAAACACCGGCUACACCUGGCAGCAGGGGGGGUCGUCAUGGCAACCUCAGCAGGGAAAGCCUGCCCCACCGCCCAUGCCCCACUCCUCCCCCCAGAACAGGCCUAACUAUAAUGUCAGCUUCGCCAGCAUGAGCAGUGCUCCCAAUACCAGUGGGAAACAGACUGCCAACUUCGGGACCAAACCAAAAGUGACAGAUGCUAACUUUGAUGACUUACUGUCUGGACAAGGCUUCUCAGCGAGCAAGGAAAAGAAGUGUCCAAAGACAAUAGCAGAAAUGAGAAAGGAAGAGAUGGCCAAGGAAAUGGACCCUGAGAAGCUAAAGAUUCUGGAGUGGAUUGAAGGGAAGGAGCGGAACAUCCGCGCCUUGCUCUCCACAAUGCACACGGUCCUGUGGGAGGGAGAGACCAAGUGGAAGCCUAUAAGCAUGGCUGACCUGGUGACCCCGGAACAGGUCAAAAAGGUCUAUCGCAGAGCUGUGCUCGUGGUUCAUCCAGAUAAGGCAACUGGGCAACCCUACGAACAGUAUGCCAAGAUGAUUUUUAUGGAAUUGAAUGACGCUUGGUCAGAAUUUGAAAGCCAAGGACAAAAGCCACUUUACUGAAAUGCAAGGAAGUUCAAACCCCCCUAAUCAGUAAUGCGUCCUUCAGAUCUGUGCUGUGAUUCUUUUUUGUUAUUAUUAAUGUCACUGUUGCAUUGGUUCUUUUCCAAUAGAGACUUCAAUAUACAGGUUAACUGUUUAGAUGUGAACAUCAGACUCACCCAUGUAACUGGUGUGUGCUGUCAAAUGGGAGAAAUUAAAGUCUUGUACAGAAUGUGUUGGGCUGAAGCAUGACUUGAGACUUCAAAAAAGCAAGGGAGGUCCAGAAUUGAUGAGAUAUGCACCCAACAGAGACAAAAAAGUUCAGAUACUCUUUUUUCAUAACCUUCCAUGUCAUAAUCUACAGUAAUAUACAAUGCAGGUUCAGUUGUAAACAACGUUUCAGAGAAUUGCCUUGGAAGGUAGCAGAACUACCUUUCAGCAUGUAGCUAAUGGUGCUAAUGAGAUGUUUAUAUGGCAAACAGCUUCCACUGUAUGUUUGCAUUCACUGUAGAACAAGCCUCAAGGCAUUUACUGUACCUUGUUACAUCCUGUUACAGUGCAGUAUAGAAAUAUCUCUAAAUGGAACAUUUGUUUUUCAACAACAAAAUAUACAGUACAACAAAAUAUACAACAUACAGUAUGUGACAAUAUAUGACAAAAUCUGGUAUUCUGAGUCAGCUUUGUCUCUCAGAGAUACUGUAGCAGUGUUGCAGAUUUCUCAUCCCAGCUGGACCACUCUAGUUUUUUAGAACGCUAUCUAAUUGACAUUAAUAUACAGCAUUCAGUUUUAAUAUUUAUUCUAAAUCAACAUCGAUUGAGAUGUUCUGCAUUAAUAUGAAACCCUUCAGGAAAAAAAAAAUAAUUAAAAAAGUAUUUGUAACUUCCAAAAGAAAUGUAUCAAACAUACAGUAGGAUCCAAGUUGUGUCAAUAGGACUUAUUUGACCAAAAUGUGGUUUGAGUUACCCUUUUUUAAGAUCUCCUGUAAGAAGAUUUGUGGACAAAUUAUCUCUAGUCUUCUCUGGUUAUUACUGCUAAGAUCAUUUUCCUCACUAAGUUCAUUAUUGACAGGUAUCAUUCUCUGACAUUACUAAGAAUUGCAUGUCUUUGAUUUGUAUACAUGUUUAUGUAAAUGGUUUACAGUAUCUAUUGUUAAACUCAAUUUAUGAGCUUUUUGUUGAUGGGUGUGAGAUACAGAGUCUAUGCAAAAAUAGGUUUAUUCAAGUUGUUAUUAUUUGUUUUUAAACAAAUGUUUAUAUAGCCUUGUUUUAGUGUUUAAAACUGACAAAUAAAUUAAUUUUCCACUGGGUCACCAUGAAAAUACUCUCUGAAGCAUCUCACAUCGUUAAUUGAAGGCUGGCUUCAUUGAAGUGCUAUUCACCGUACUUGAUUCAUGUUCCUGGUUAUUAAAUAGCCAACCUGGUGUAAAAAUUUAGUUACACCUUCUUAGAAGAUUGUAUUUAAUGUUGCAGUAUAAUAUAAAUGAAAGAGACUGCCUGAUCAUUUUUCAUAAUAUGAAUACUGCAGAAUUAAUUAAAUAUUGAUAAUAUUUUAGUUAUGACCUGCAAAUUCCAUUUAUAAGAGAUGAAUGGAAUAACAAUAGUGUGUUAAUAACUUUGUAAAAACUACAUCCUACUAAUAAUUAAUUGUAUGGUUGUUAAAAAUCUGAUAAUUCACCUAUCUGAACACUUCAAUAAUGAUUACCUUAGUGUUCAUAAAAUUGUUUACUGUGGAAACACAUAGUACUGUGUCAUUUGCAGCCACUAAACUAAAGUGUUACCAAAAUGUUUGCUAGAAUUUUUUUUCCUCAAGGAAACAUUUAAGCAUUUUAAGUAGUAGCAUUGUAAGUAGUGUUUUAGGAUAUGGUAUUCUGUGUUUUGUGUUUGUUAAAUGACUUUGUUGUUUGUCAUACACUGACGGGCCAGAAUUUCAGCAGGGAAGGCAGCUGAAUGCCCACCAAAGAAUAAUAGGACACAAAAAUCAUACGGAAAUUUGAAUUGUCUGUUAAAAAUAAAAAUCUAGCUUGUGUUGGUUGUGGCCAGUAUAUUGUUAUUCUAUUAUGUUAGAACUAAUGUAGCCCAUGUGUUACACAACAUAAAAUUGUCACUUUUACUUAUUUCAAACAGUAUUUAUUACAAAGAAAUAAUUUCAAUUUUUCACCAUAGAAGAAUCUGAGACUAAAAUGAACUGACCAUCAUACUCAUGUGAGGAGCCUUAGAACAACAAAGAAACAAUCUUUUCAUAGAGCCAACACAAAGCUUUUCUAAAUAAGCAAAUUAACAAUUUGUCGUGCUGCAUACCAAAUACAAACUACUAAUGACAUACUGUAUGAAUAAUGUGUUGCAGAUCAAUAAUGGAACUUUUAGUAAGACUUUGGGAGUUAUGGUAACUCUUGUACUUUUUCUGUAUUUAUUCUUUGACCCAGUGGUCUUCCUUUUAUGAGAUACGUUUGGUGAUACAUGUCUUGUGUUCAG